CCCAAUACUGAAUUCGUGCACCGAUUUAGGCUUUGCUACGACGCUGCCCCUAAGAGAACACAGCUAUUUUAGUUGAGAACGACGACGUUUAGCUCUCUGGCGAAAUCUCUCCGGUGCUCGCCUAAGCAAGCUAUGCAGCUCACUCUCGAAUUCGGUGGUGGCCUGGAACUUCUGUGUGAUUCCGUGAAAAUCCACAAUGUCAAUGUUGAACCACAAGCUGAAGGAAAGAAGUUAACCAUGAAACACUUGCUCUCAUGGGUCCGCACCAACUUGAUCAAAGAAAGACCUGAAAUGUUUAUGAAAGGAGAUACUGUGAGACCUGGAGUUCUGGUCCUAGUAAACGACUGUGAUUGGGAACUAAGUGGGCAGCUUGAGACAGUGCUGGAGGAGAAGGAUGCUGUAGUUUUCAUCUCAACUCUGCACGGUGGAUAAAAUCUAUUUACACACCAUGUUAACUUUAGCCGGAGGUGAUACAGAUAUUUCAAACCCCAUCAAUCCACCUUCUUCAAGAAAUAAAUUGCACUGUGUAAACUCUUGAUGCUAGGCGUAAUCCUUAAAUUGGUCUAUACUUUGAUGUUUAUACGACACUCUUAUUACUACAGUAAUCAAGUGGGAAGAGCUGGACUCCUAUUUUUCUUAGGUC